CUUUCUUCCAUCUGCCCAGGCCGUUGGCUCCUACCUGGCAGGUUUAUUCCGAGUGGAUGCACGCUUGCUAGAGGAUACAUCGCUGCAGUGGGAGGUCCAAUUGUUCGGGCAAUGCUCCGCACAUGUCUUCUGUGCGAAGCGAGUGUCGCCUCUGCCAGAUGAAUGGUUCGAUGCCAUCGCAAGAUCCACCGUCACACAACUACAGCUGAAGGUGGGCAUCGCCCAGGCGCAGGACGAGUGCCAGUCCCUUCAAGCCACCGUCAAUAAUCUCACCGCUGACGUCGUUCGUCUGGAGUCCGAGGUAGAGAACUUACAAGACGAACGGCGUCAGCGCCAGCAGAGCUGGCUACCGUGGAAUCUGCGUCCUGCCGACGUCUACAAUCAUCAUCGGGAAAAAUCACCCUCGCCCCCAUUUCACGGAGCAUCGUCAUCAAACGCGAGCAACUCGACGUCGAAAGGCAAGGCAAGAGAUUCUGAAAUGAACGAUAAAUCAUACGCAGCGGCUCUUCGCAGGAGUGCGGAGACGAAAGACGGUCUUCCUUCCACUGCACUACCGCCCGCCCGUCCCACUCUGGAUGACGCCGCAUUGGCGGACCAACUCAGGAGAGAGUUUGAAGCACAGGACUUGGAAGAUGCUCGCAUCGCUGCAGAUAAACAGCGCGAAUAUGAGGAGGAGCAUAUUCAGCUGAUCUCCCAGUUUGAGGAACUGAAAGCGGGGGAUCCCGGCUCCUUCGAUUGCGGGAUCUGUCUUGAGACACAAUCCACCUUCGCACUCUCUCGAAUCGAUCCGUGCGGUCAUCUGUUCUGUCGGGAGUGCCUGCGUCUUUAUCUUCAAUCCAAGCUUGGAGAACAGCGGUUCCCAAUCCUAUGUCCCGUUUGCUUGACGGAAAAAGACAGACGCGACCCCGGAACUCUGAACGACGACAUCGCGCAUACUGUUGGUAUCACGGAGAAAGAGUAUGAGACGUACGUUGAGUUGCAAAUGGCAAGCUUCUCCAUCUUACUCCAUUGCCGCAAAUGCAGCAAGUCCGUGUUCGUCGAUCGUCGCGAAUACGAAGAAGCGAAGCUGAUAGUAUGCCCAUUGCCCACAUGCAAUUAUUUGUGGUGCAAGGACUGCUCUCGUGAAGUGGAUAUUGCCACCUCUGUGCAUUCAUGCGACGGUACUUCAGAACUGAACGAUCUCAUGGACCGACGAGGGUGGAAGCAUUGCCCUGGCUGUAGCACUCCGGUUGAGAAGACACAAGGAUGCAACCAUAUGACGUGCAUGUCAGCGGGAUGUAACACACACUUUUGUUACAAAUGCGGGCAGACAAUCGUGCGUUCGGUGAAGCUCUCCGAUAUCCGAAGUCAUGUGUCUGCACACUAUGGCAGAUGCGCCUUGUUUUCAGGUCGCGUGUAUGAGCAGUGA